CUUGCCUUUGUUUACGUUUUCACUGGACCUGCUGCGCGACUCUUUAAAAAGGGAAAGGUGUCCUAAAUUAAUUUAAUUCGCAUGGUUUUGGCCCACUGCCGACCUCGCAUGAUGUGAAGCUUUGAGGGUUUUUGAAAGACAAGAUUUUUUUGCGUGAUUGAAUGGCUGAGCGAGGAGCAUUUUUGACGUCAACGACGGUCAGCCGUCCUUCCUUCUUCGAGGUGUUGGCCCAGGAAAAUUUAGCCAGCACAAUCCACCCUGCCUUAAAAAGGAUAGCCAAUUUCCUAGCUGCAUCGAAUCCCAGAGUCUAUGGCUGGAUAUUACAGUGGUUUGAUGAAAUUUACCUUGUCUUUAAUUACUGUGUGCAAACCCACUACUUGAGAAAUUACGGUGCCUCAUUUGCUGAGACGUUCUACGGCCUUAAAAGAGCGUCUCUAAACAAACCAAACGCAGCUUUCCUGACAACUAAACAGAAAAACCUGUCGCUUGUUGUGAUAGUACUAAUUGACUACGUGAAAAACAAGCUUGCUCUCUUGAUCGAAGAAUGGAAAAACUGCUCAAAUUUGGAGCCUCCCAAGGCACUGUUUUUAAAAUAUUGGGCCAACAUGCAAGUUCUGUGGCGCGCAGUGUUCCUUGCCAACCUGCUCAGCUACAUGAAUGGAGGAACCGACUAUCACUCUCCUCUCAUGAGGUUUGCAGGAGUCGGUUUGAAAAAUGCGGAGGAAGAGACAGAGUUGAGGGACACUAGUAAUUUAAGUAUUUGGAGGAGAGCGAUUGCCCUGAUCGGGCCAGGCCUUGCCAGGUGUCUGGAAAUUAGCGCAUUCACCCUUCAGUUCCUGCAGUGGUGGCACGGCGAUGAUGGCCCCAGGACUAAGCUUGUCGCCCUCCCUGUGCCUUCUGCGCCACCGUUGUUGCCUGGCGGCCAGGAAUAUUCAGGGCUGUGUCCGUUGUGCCUGAGACCAUGGAACAUUGAGACCGUUUUACCAGUUUCUGGGUUUGUUUUCUGCUACAAGUGCAUUUUCCAGCAUUUGAAAGAAACACAGAGAUGUCCUGUCACCAACUAUCCAGCGACAACGGAUGAUUUGCUUCGAAUUUACUCAAUGAGGAACCAUUGAAAUUACAGUUGGGUUUACUUUGUAUGAUUAUUUUUGUACAUCAGGGUUUAUUUUUAUUAAUUCCUUGGUUACUGGGCUCAAGCCAGUGAAACCAUGAUAAAUAAAGCGCAGGAAUAAGAUUAAAAAGCACGCUUUUAAA